AUGCCGCUCAAUGUCGCGAGGGCGAGCGUUGUUUCUCCGCCUGAGCUCAUCCCCGACGCCCGGAACGGCAAAGCGCUCGAGGAGGUGAAGGUGCUCGCCAAAGAGCUGAACCCGGUGCUGGGCUACUGGGACCCGCUCAACCUCUGCCGUCUCAACCUGUACGGGCAGGGUGACGAUGCGACGGUCGGCUUUGUGCGGCACGCCGAGAUCAAGCACGGCCGCGUCGCGAUGGCCGCUUUUGUCGGCUACAUUGUGCAUGAGAACGGCUGGCGCUGGCCGUGGCCGCUCUCGACGUCCCUGCCCGACUACUCCAGCUUCGAGGGCCUGUCUGCGCCCGCGGUGUGGGACGCGACGCCGGCGGCCUCGAAGCUGCAGAUCAUCCUCUUUGUCGGGUUUCUGGAAGUCUGGUCGGAGACCAAGUUCGUGCUCGAGUCGGACGGCGAGAAGCACUACAUGAGGGGCGGCAAGCCGGGCUACUUCCCAACCUUCGACCUUGGCAAGCCCGACUACUCGAGCGGCAACCCGCUCGGCUGGGGCGUGGCUCACCCCGUCCCCUUCAACCUCUUCGACCCCUUCAAGCUCACCGGAGGCCUCUCGGCAGAGGAGAAGGCGCGGCUGCGGCUCGUGGAAAUCAACAACGGCCGGCUCGCCAUGCUCGGCAUCAUGGCCUUUGUCUCGGCGGCGGCAGUGCCGGGCGCCGUCCCCGCGCUGACCAACGCGAUCAAGCACUGCGACGGCGAGGUGAUGGCGCCCUUCGCUCCCGAGUUCCACCUCAAUUUCUAG